CGUUUUGCGGCGGUCAUCAUGAGGAUCAGAGAGCCUCGAACCACCGCUCUGAUCUUCAGCUCCGGGAAGAUGGUCUGUACAGGAGCCAAGAGUGAGGAGCACUCACGUCUGGCAGCCAGGAAGUACGCCCGCGUGGUUCAGAAACUCGGUUUUCCCGCCCGCUUCACAGACUUUAAGAUCCAGAACAUGGUGGCCAGCUGUGACGUAUGUUUCCCCAUCAGACUGGAGGGCCUGGUGCUGACUCACCAGCAGUUCAGCAGUUAUGAACCAGAGCUGUUUCCAGGCCUCAUCUACCGCAUGGUGAAGCCUCGCAUCGUGCUGCUCAUAUUCGUCUCUGGGAAAGUUGUUUUGACCGGAGCUAAAGAACGAGCGGAGAUCUACGAUGCGUUUGAGAACAUUUAUCCGAUCCUGAAAGGCUUCAGGAAACAGUGAGGCCAACCACUGAUGUCACUUCCUGUUUAUUUGUAAAUAGAUCAUAUGUAAUUAUUAUAUGUUUUAUUUUGCGGAUGGUAAAUGACUCGCGUGUUUGUUUUUGAGUCUCUGUUGAAUGUUUCACCAUCCUAACAGAAAGAAAAUUACUUAUAAAAUGCUUUGUUAUCUUGCUCUGAA